UGAGCAACGCAACACAUGCAACCAACAACAAACGACAUGGUCUUUUUAGAACACACAAUCUGGGCAUAACGGCAGCUAUUUCAUGUCAGUAAAUAGACGCAAGCUUUGCUAGGUGCGAUGCCCGAUUUUCAUUUUCCCAGCAGCAGCAUAAUGGCGGCGGAAAAGAGAAGCAGCAGCAAGUCUGUGACAAAGACAAAACUGCGGCACAGCUACCUGUCGAACCCAGUAACGGCCCUCGAGUUCUACUGCCCCCCUCACCAACCAGGCCGCGUGCUCGUGCUUGCCGGCGAGGACACCUGGCUCAAGGUCUACGACGUCGCCAGCUCGCGUCUGCUCGGCCAGCUCAAGAUCUUCUACUCGGAGCCCAUCCACGGCAUUUACGUCUCGCGCCCAGGCGCAGACGCAGUCGCAGAAGCAGACGCACCUGAGCGGACCGGCGAGCGGACCGGCGAUGGCCGUGUCCUCGUCUGGGGCGGCCACUCGGUCACAGUCCUGCCCCAAGAGUCUCUGCAGGCUCUCGUCGACGGCUGUGCCCCCGUGCAGCAGCCGCACGAGCUCAGAGCCGCAGACUGGAUCUACGAUGGCAUCCUGUUCCCCUCCGACACGGCCACAAACGGAGCCCUCGUAACGGCCCACAACGAAAUCGUCCCCCUUUCGGUAAGUGGCAGGGGGCCGGCGCACGCCCUCGUCUUUGGGCCCCUGACGUCGCCCUCGCGGCCCAUUCUCUACUCGGCGAACCUCUGCCUGCUGUCACCCACCUCUAUCCUCGUCGCAGGCGGCACCGUCUUUGGCGAAAUUAUCGUCUGGAAGUACCACCUAGACGCCCCCGCCCAUUCUUCUCCCCAGUGGGAGCUGCUCUACGUCUUCACCGGCCACGAGGGUUCAAUAUUCGGCGUCUCCAUCUCCCCAGAGAUUGAGCUCGCCCCUGACGGCACUAGCGUGAGGUUGCUCGCAAGUUGCAGCGACGACCGGACGAUACGGAUAUGGGAUAUUACGGACCGCCCCCUGGCCGUCGCAGGGGCUGUCACAGGAGCAGCCAACGGGGAGACCCAGCACACGAGCGCAUUGGCCGAAGCCCGGGAAACUGGCUUCGGCGGGAGUAACUCCGAGGUCAAGUCGGAAAACAAGCAUGACUCGGCCAGGUGCUUAGCCGUUGCCAUGGGCCAUGCCUCCAGGAUAUGGCACGUCCGGUUCACAGGUCGCACCAACCACCACUCGCCGCAGGCCAGCCCCAUCGAGGUGCAUUCCUUUGGCGAAGACUGCUCGCGGCAGAAAUGGGAGCUCACGAUUGACCUGGCACGGUUGCACGCCGCGCCUAGUCGAGGGCUGUCAGAUGUAGGAGCAGCUGCAAAGCCCGAGGACAAGCCACUGGGCACUCUCCGACUCCGUAGCGCAUGCUCUGCUCACAUCGGCAAGAACAUAUGGUCUGCCGUCGUCUCUUCCGGCGCGGACGGAGUCCCAGUAAUAGCAACAGGCGGCGCGGAUGGCAAGAUUGCUAUAUCCGGUGACCGGAGCGGGACUGAUGGACCGGAUGUUGACUCGAGGCCAAGCUAUGGCGUCCUUGACAUCGAUCAAUCCUUCCACGAAAUAAUAGAAAAGCUCCACAGACCUGAGGAGACCCUCCCGGUCGAUUUGCCUGCGGCUAUGCCGAACAGGAGCAGCAAAGAUGGGUUCCAAAGAUAUGCCUUCAUAUCGGACAACACUGUGCUCGCGACUACAACGGCCGGGAGACUCUUGCUUGGCACUGUGGGCGAGACUCUGGCAUGGGAAGAGGUCACUCUCCCGCCGGCUAUCCGCAGCGAUCUCAACUCCUUUAGUCUUGUAAAAAGUCCUGCCCUGGACAUUGCCGUCAUUGGCAGUGCAAGCGGGAGCGUCUACCUGCUUCAGCCACUUCACGAGAUCAAGGAACUGGCCAAGCUCCCGGGCAAGAUCUCAGACAUGGUUUGUGUGCAGUUCUCGGAUUCUGCAAGUGACCGACAGGCCAAGACAUGGGCUGUUGUUGUCACUGUCCUCGGCGUGGACCAUGCCACAAUGUUGACGUUUAAUGCUUCGGCUGGCGAUUCGCUGGUAGACUCUAGGCAGAUCACGCUCAGGGAGCACUACAUUGUGACCGCCGCGAGUUUCUGUGGCGGGAAGCUCGUCUUGGGGUCUAGAGUCGGAGCCGUGACUAUUUACAAGACCGACGCCAACUGUUUCACGCCCGACGUUUCUCGGCGGGAUUGCAAGACCAAGGACGCCGUCACCUGCAUUGUGCCGCUGCCUGGGAGCCAGACCUCUUUCCUCACGGGGUGCAGGGACGGCAGGUACCGCAUCUACAGCAUUGGCAAUAGCAACAACGCCGACGGCUCAGGAGCCGGGAACACCACACUCCACCUGCAGCACGAGAUAUCGCCGCCCAUGGGCAUGAUCGAGGGUGCCUGGUUUACCGCACCGCCCAGCCAGGGCGAUGCAGAGCUGAUACUGCACGGGUUCCGCGGCAAGCAGUUUGUCGUGUGGAACGAGACGUCGCGGCACGAACUCGCCACGGUCGAGUGCGGUGGUGGCCACCGGCCCUUUGACUGCGUGUCGCCCGCCGCCGACGCGGGGCAGCUGCGCUUCGUGUUCACCAAGGCGGCGCACAUGCGGCUGUACUCGCAACGUCGGCCGGCGCUGCGGGCGCUGCGCGAGGGUGGUCACGGCCGCGAGAUGCGCGCCGCCGCCGCGUGCGGCCCGUACGUGGCCACGGCUGCCGAGGACACCACUAUCCGUAUCUGGCAGUACCGGGACAGCAGCGACUCGUCGGACACGCGGCGCGGCUUCAGGUGUCUCGCCGUGCUGGAGAAACACUCAGCCGGCAUCCAGUGCCUCAAGUGGGUCGGCCCCGGCUGCCUCGUCAGCAGUGCCGGCAGCGAGGAGUUGUUUGUAUGGCGCAUCACUCGCCUCGAUUCCAGCUACGAGGCGCUCGCUGUCGUGUGCGAGGCCGCCUACCCCGACCGCACCCCCGACGGAGACCUGCGCAUCAUCGACCUGGACGUGCAGCCGUGGGAGGCAGCGGGACGAGAUAUUGUUGGGGGCGACGGCAACGGCGCCAUGCUCAUCUCGCUCGUCCUUUCGAACUCGACGCUGAAGUCCUACCUGUACUCCACAGAGCACGGCUUCCAGCUUCUCGCCCAGGGCCACUACACGGGCGCCUGCUUGACGCAGAUCCGCCACCUGCGGACGCCGGCCGACGGGGAGGGGGCGGCCAUUCACAUACUUACGGCGUCUACCGACGGACACGUCGCCCUCUGGGCCGCCAGCGGCGUCCGCACUACCACUAGCAACAAGGGUGAGGACGGUGGGCCCGCAGAGUUCGCGCUCGCCUCAGUGUCCAAACUCCACCAGAGCACCAUCAAGAGCCUCGACAUGGCGCGAGAAGACGCCCCAGACGGCCGGGGCCAGCGGCUCGUGGUCACCGGUGGCGACGACAACGCCCUCGGCGUCCUCGACCUCGCCUGGUCGCCCGACGCCAGCGAGUUCGCCGUCCGCACCCGGGCGCGGGUCAGGGACGCCCACGCGGCAGCCAUCACGGGGCUGUGCGCCGUCAGCCGCGACGGCGCGGGCUAUGUCGAGGUGGCGACGGCCAGCAACGACCAGCGCGUCAAGCUCUGGAGGGCAGAGCGGACGGAUCUGGCGGGGGGCUGCGGCUUCGCCGUGGCGCUGCUCGAUGACCAGUACAGCUCCGUCGCGGACCCGGGAGAUUUCGAGGUCAUCGCCCCGGGCAGGUUGAUGGUUGCUGGUGUGGGCAUGGAGGUGUGGGAUUUGUUUCAGGCGCUGGCGCCGGUCGGUGUCUAGCGGUGACAGGGAGCUCUACGGUCUGGAGUGUAGAUUGGUGCAAGUAAACAAAAUGACAUGUGC